CGACUUAUUUCCGUUUUGAAAUAAAUUUUUAAUUAAUCACAUUUGACUUUCCGUUUCUGUGACCACCAGGACAUUUAGUUAUUUCCGAAUUUGUACUGUUUCAUACCAAAUUGAAACUGUUUGUGUGGUUUUUGGCUUCUGGGUUGAUUCUCCAAUGUUAUGUUUUGUUUGUCUAGGGACCCCUCUUGGACUAUAAGGAAUCCUUGUCAUCUCAAACUGAAUUUCAGCAUAAACCACUACCAAUAAAACACCAAUUCAAUACACGAUGUCAUAAUUUUCCUUAUAUCUCCCACCUUUUUCUAUUUUUUAUUUAUAUUUGCUGUUUUGCUCAGCCGCUUUUGUAUCAACAAAGCCACUUUUCAAAAUAUGUCACUUUCAUCGACCGUUUUAAACAAUACUUCGGACCAUAUGGUGUAGUGUAGAGUUAUUCGAUCUUCGUUAUGACGUAUUUAUGUUUUUAUUCUACCAUUUACCAUGGCUUGUUUGAAAUAUGUCCGGCCCCUUUUUAAAUAGGCGAAAGAAGGGGAUUUAAAAUCGAAUAUAGAAGCUCUCUUAAAUUUUGCCCUGUAGGGUAUUUGAAAAUACGUCGCUGUUUUCUUAAAUUUUAGACACUAGUAGCAAGUGCGUUUUGAUACUGAAUAACAUUUACUAACGCGGGGAUGAGUUUAUUUGUUCAAAAAAUCCGUAUUUUGACCACCUUUUGACCCUAUUUUCAUGCGGAUAUUUUUCCUCAAAUUGAGCUCAAAUUGUUUACUUAAAUAUCACUAAGAUAACAAAAUGUGUAUUUUGCAAUAGAAUAAUAACUAUCCAGUUGAAAAGGAGGAGAACCUUUUUUCUACCUCUUCUGAAAAUGGUCUGCCUCGUUUAGAUAGAUCCGGGCUAAUAUUUUAAAUAUCGGAAUUGCUUUUUGGGUGAACUUGCAAAAACUUCUUAGUCGCCAAUGCAACUCUCUUGUACUUCCUUUAUAAAUUUAUCAUUUCAUGAUAGAAAUCAUUAUCUUCAAAUGAAAAAGUUAUUGAAUGAAGCAAUAAAGCCCGGGGCGUCAGGAGUCUUGAUGCAAACUUUCUUUCCAAUAAACAGCUAUUUUAGUCCAACACUGAAUAAAGAAAAAUCCGCCAGACAAGUGUUACGUAUUCAAUCAAAUAUCGACAAGAAUCAAAAACGUCAGUUUUUGUUUUAAAAAUUUUGAACUAGUUUGUUUUUUAAGCCAUUUACCUUCCUAUGUGACCGCUACGGUAAUUCCUUAUUAGUUAUCAUUUUUGAGUGAUUUUCCCAAAUUAAUCUCCUUUUUAAAAUUGGAUUACGGUGUUAGUUGAUUAGCUGUUAUGGUCUUGUGCCACUAUGUUACUUUAGUAUCGAUUUUCAUAUUCCAAUAAUAAUUGGUAAAGUUGAGCUAAAAGGUAUAUGAGAAUAAAAAAGCGUGAAUACAAAUGUUGUCUGCUGUUCUUCUUCUCCGCCCUUGUCGUCCUUAGCUCUUUUUACUUUUUACCUGUUCAUGAUUAUGUUCACACAUCAUUUCCGGUCGGCAGUUGGAAAAGCUGUGCACUGUCCCCCAGAAUUACUUCCUAAAAGCUCAAAACUCCAUUAAUUCUUCCCACGAAUUCUUAUCACACUGUUAAAGCCGUAUGCACUAACUAAAAUAACCACUGCUAAACGCCACCUACUCUUACAAUGGUUUACCUCAGUCGUCGUUCCCUCGAUAACGAGGCUUACAUCAAUUUUUACUGUAUACUUGGUUUUCAACUGAACUCCACCUAACUGAUCUAAUUAGUACCAUUUACGCAGACAAUGUCUGAUAAGGCUAAAGGAAGUGUUAACCAAACGAACAAUAAAUUGCCUCCAACAUACGAACAAUACCAGCAACAAAUAAAAAUGGCUUCACAAAACAUUCAAAGUUACGGCCAAAGGUCAAUUGAGUCCAAUUUUGAGAAUCACCAGGAAUUUCAGAAUGUCCAAGGGUUUCAGAAUCGCCAAGAAUCCCAGAAUCUUCAGGAGUUUGAAGAUCACGAGGAGUGUCAGAAUCACCAGGAGUUCCAGAAUCGUCAGGGGUUUGAAGGUCACCAGGAGCUGCUGAAACAUUCCGCAGCUUCUCGAACUUCAUCUUUUGUUGAUAGUUCUAGCGCUCAAUCCCCAUUACACUCUCCGUCUAUCCUUUCUUCGUCUCUCCUCGAUUACAACCCCUACUUUUUCACCCCCAUUAACAACGAGAUUCGGUUCGAAGGAGAUUUUAAUUUUGUUCACACUCAAGAGGCGCGACCACAACGUACACCGGCGGGGCGCGCUGUCAGAGGCGGCGCUGUUGCUGCUUCAUCCAGAUCCCGUGCACCCGGGGAACAAAAGUCGGUAUCUAGGUCGACAAGAUGUCGCCGAUCUCGUAGUGUCUGGGGUCUGGGAUUUGGGAGUGAAAAAGACGCCCUAAGAUUUCUCAGCUGCUGCACGCCUCCCAAUUUCGUGCCCUCUAGAAACAACCCGCCUCUUCAACCCGCAUCGCACCAAAGUAACCAACAAAAGCACCACGAAAAACAGACAUGUUCAAACCCCUCAAGUAACAAAAAAUCUUCUACUCCAUCUGCAGACCGGCCUAAAAGCGUGUCAAAUAUGGAACACUUUUCGACCACGUCACACCAACAACAACACAACUCACAAAAGGCUAAUAUGAACCAACAUCGACCGCAUAUUGUGCCGGUUCAAAAACCUCUUUCCCGCCCAAUUACCGACGCUGUAUCUUCAAAACGACCUGCCGGAAUGUCUCCUGUUAUGGGAUCUUCGCCAAGUGGCCCGACGCAGCCUUCGACUCCAAUGAAAGUCGCAGGAGGUCGGCAACACAACAACAAAGAUGUGCACCAAGUUCAUAUCACGCCAUCAGGUCACCACGGAUACACGACUGCUGUUCGGGUGCCAGACGAGAGUCAGUACUCUAGUAUCACAGUUGUCCCGGGCUCAUCACAAACAAAGCGACCUUUAAUGAACCGGUGCGGUGCUCGGGUGAACAUGCAACUUUUGGACCAAGAAGCAGCAUUGAAGUGUAAUAUACCUGAUGAGAAGCUUCUUUCUGCACUCGGAUUAAAAUACACAAGUGACAUCACAGAACCAGCGCCGCCUACUAGUGUAAUACCUCAACAGCAGCAGCAGUUUGCCAGAAACCAAAAUAAUGGCCAGAAAUUUGCUCAAAGUGAAAACACAAAAGCACAAAACAUGAAAACACAAAAGCAGCAGGUGAUUCCGGCUCCGAUACCUCCUCGAUCCAGAAAUGUGAACCAGCAGGGAUUUUAUGAAAACACUGGUGACGCACUCUAUUCCGAAAUAUUCACCGUGCAUCAAUAUGGCCAUAAAUUUACUAUACGACCCAAUGAGAUCCCGCGUGAAGUAAGUUCCGAAGAUUCGUCUCCGACCGAGUCAGUGCUGAUGUCGCCCGACAUCCACGACUUGAUGACUCAUACCAGUCAGGCACCUGACAACUGCCAAGACUUCGGUGGGAUACCAACAUUACUAGAAACUGAUUUGGAGGAAAUCGGAGAAGCUGAUAGCCCUUCAGAUGAUGAUUUCGAGUUUCAGAAGACGUUGUUUUUCCCGACCACUCGAAGAUGUCGUCUGUCACAAGCAGAUAUGAAUGAGUUUGACCCACUUAGAUGUCACAAUGGUGACAAAGAGAAAAACAAAACUGAGGAGGAAUUGUCGCCAGGUGUUGCGGCGUUACCUUCGUCCGUUACUUUCGAGGAGAUUUCAAUUAAGACCAAUCAGAGAAGCUCUGUUUUGAGUCAGACUGACAGUGGUUUUGAUGGAAACUGUGCUGGAAGUGCAACAUCUGAACAGAGCGUUCGCAAUUCUGACCAAUCGGAGGGUGCCGUUGCUGUGACCCUCAUGCAACAACAACAACAACAACAACAACAACAACAACAACAACAACAACAACAACAACAUGCAGUUGUGGGGGUUUCCAUGACGAACUCAGCGUCUACCCCCUCCCCCGUCAAUCUACCAAAUCCUAGCGAGUACAUUAACGUCCAGUGGCCUACGAGGGGUCCAAACAGCAAUCCAAGUGGAGCAAGCUCCUCCAACUGUGGAUCCCUGGACCGACCUGGGGGUUGUCCCGAGCCCAGAAAACCCAGUAUUGAUCAGGGAAGUUUGGGAGGGGGAAUCGGGCCCGGUCUGAACGAGGAUGAGAAGUUGAGGAAUUUCGUCGAAACUUCUAUCGAUUUGCCAACUGAUGAUACUCAAUCGGAAAUAAGCGAAGAUAAUUUCUCCCUCCCGUCGAAUAACACUAGCGACAACAACGCCCCCUCGCCCCUCGCCCGAGAAGUGAAGUCGGAGUCCUCGGUGACAUCUCAGAACUUCUUCGGGGGUGUGACUCGCAAGGCGGGAUGGCUGGAAAUCAAACAUAUCCUGUUUCUGCGCAAGAGGAGACUGGAGACUGCGAGUAAGAGGAAGUGGCACAAGUACUGGUGUUGUCUCAAGGGUGUCUCUCUCUUCUUCUACUCUGUCGCCCAAGGGGAGCAGCCGGCCAUAGAUGACACUAGUGAACCUGCAUGCACCCUUAAUAUCGAGAACUGCAUCGGACAGGCUAUCCCAGAACACCCGAAGAAAGAGAACAUUUUUUCAUUGAGCACCGCCAACGGAGACGUCUACUUGUUAGAAGCACCCUCACAGAUAGAACUGGAGAACUGGAUCACUGCCAUACACUCCAGCUGUUCGAGUGCCUUCGCCAUCUCAGUUCUGGACAAGUACAGCUCCAACGGAACCGCACAGAGAACACCACAGCAAUCUUCGCUCUCUGCGUCAUUCAACAAUGGUAACAGUAUCAAUCAUUACAUGAACAGUAGUGGCAAUGGUGGCCAUCAGCAGAAGCCUCAGGACACUCUGAGUUGUCUGCGGGAUGAGAUCAGGAAGAGGGAAGAUGCGAUGGAUAGAGACAGCAAGAUGAGGAAGAUGGCCCAGUUGCAGUUGAGUGUGACCUCUGACUCCAAGAACAGACAGCCCAUCCUGGCCCAGAUUGAGAACUGGGAGCAGAAUCUGGAACUGAUGCAGUGCGACCUAUAUCGCCUGAAGUGCUAUUGUGCCUCGAUACAAGGUUCUGAGCUGCCAAACCCCAAGGGUCUUCUGGCAGCUGUGUCCAAAGACACCAAGAAUCACCUGGCUAAACUGAACUGCUUUAACGUAUCCUCAAUCCACGCCCUUCUAUCUGCCAGGAGCAGAGACACUCUGUCUGUAGACAUCGCAGCCAGUAGUUCCCUCGAAAGAAGCAAGAAAAAACCCAGCAUGUUGUCGGUCCUGAGGCCAAGGGAAGAUGCGAGUAGUUUCCAGAGGAACAUGAAACGAAGAAGCUGGAGACAGAAAGAUAACGAGGAGCCGAUCAAAAGUCUGCCUGGUGAAGAAUGCCCUUUUCCUUUCGGAUACCCCGGAAACCAACUCGUAUCCUCCUCGAACUCAGGCAGCCCAGCCGAGAACAACCUGUUCGGCAGACUCAUCAAGGUCAGCCUACCUCACAACCAGAAGACAGUGAUUCCCAUAAAGCCAGGAGUGACAGUGCAUGAGCUGUUGAUUCACUGUUGCAAGAAGAGAAAACUGGAUCCGAGAGACCAUUUCAUCCGAAUCAAAACCGUGUCGGCAGUCGUGAACAGUCUUGUGUCCAAUGCGGCUGCCAGUCGAGAUCUCCAGUCGCCGACGAGUGGGGGAGAAAAUAAUAAUAAUAACAGUUUGGGUCUGAAGUGGGUCAUUCCUCCCUACAAGGCUAAGAUGGAUGACCUGGACUGUCGUGAUAUCCAACUGUGCAUCAAGGAGUACCACUCAAUGCAACUGAUCCGUCGGCCACACGAGCGCUUCGGCAUAGAGUACGAGACGAUGCAAGAGUGUUCGGGCAAUGAGAUGAGGCUUUAUGUGGUGGAUGUGAUCCAAAGCUCAAUUGCUCAACUUGGAGGUCUACUGCCGGGCGACGAGUUGAUAGAGGUGAAUGGGCAGAAUGUAGCUACAGUUGACCCCUCUACUCUGGAUAUGAUUCUGAAGACAGACUCGCUCACUUUAGUAGUCAGGUCCAUGCGUCCCUCCACAGCCCCCUGUCUCCAGUGCAGUGCGGCCGCUGCCGGCGGUCAUGGCCAUGGUCAUGGACACGGGGUGGCCAUGCAUCACCCGGCGGCUGCGAUGCGAGUACCACACUCUGAACACAACGAUCACCAUCGCAGAUCGCAGGUGUCUGAGGCCAAUUCAGACCAAUUGAGUAGCAACGGUAGCAGUAGCGGCUGUGGAAGUGGUAGUGGAGCUAGCGGAGGACACCUACCUGACACCACAGUUAGAGGAGGUCUGGCAAGGAAGGUGUCCUGCAAUCGAGACAGCCAAUUGGUGCCAGAGAACAUGAUGACGUCACCGGAGACUUACAAACUGGCAUGCACUCUUCAGGAGUUGCUGAACUCAGAGGAAAAAUACAUCAAAGAUCUGGACUAUCUUCUGGAAAAAUAUCUGGAGCCCUUGGCCAACACAACUUUUCUACACUCGAGUGAGCUUCUGGUGCUGGCCAAGAACACGCGUGAUAUCGUGUCAUUUCAACAGCAGCAAUUCCUGUCCCGGCUGCGUUCAGUUCUGACGUCGCAGGACCUGUUCUCUCUACCUGAGCUGGCAUCCUUCCAGAAUAUUUUGAUGGAGCUGUGUGACGUGUUCUCUCAAUGCGUGGACGGAUUCAAGAUGUACAGUUCUUUCUGUGCAAACCACUCUAAGGCGCAGAAGGUCUUUGAUAGCUCGCGAACCAUGCCCGAAUUCCUUUUCUUUCUGGAACGAACCAACCCUGAGAACGAGCACUCAAAGUCACUUGAAUCGUAUCUUAUUAAACCCAUCCAAAGAAUUCUAAAAUAUCCCCUCUUGCUACGAGAGGUCAAAGCUUUUAUACCCGAAGGGUGUCCUGAGCAGGGCGCCCUUGUGAUGGCCACGAAUCAUAUGGAAAGUGUAGCUGAAUUGAUAAAUGAUAUGAAAAGAAUCCACGAGGAGUAUGGAUCCAUAUUCGACGAUCUACUAAGUGAACAGCGAGUUGACAUGAACUGUGAUAUACCUAUGGACGAGUUACAGAUGUAUGGCUCCGCUAUAUGGCUCAACUGCCCUGAAGAAGUCAUACCGAAGAAGAUUAGAAUAGGCAAUGGGGAGAUCGAGGUCAUCAUUUUUGUGUUCAAGAGAGCCAUAGUUCUCGUGGGCUACAACAGGGAGAAAAAUAGGAGUAAAAAGCGAUCAAUGCCGUCCAAAGAGUCCAAAUUUGAAGAGGCAGUCUCAAACGUGCAGUUUCUACUGCCCAUCUCAGCUGUGGAAGUGCAUGGGUCUGUAAACAGAGAACAAGACCGCCUGUUCCUGUGGGACUUAGUCGUCCACAGGGGAGCCCAGACUCAGGUGCUGAGAAUGGCGAGUAGGGCUCUGAACACAAAGGAGUCGUUUCUCAGGGCCAUUCGCUCUUCAAUUCGCGAAACUCAAAGAUUGAAUGCGAGCAAGACGAGACGAAGCGUGAGUCGUGUGUCGGAAACUGCAGUACCCAGAUCCCUAAGCCAGAGCAGCUACAACAAUAACUCAAUCCAGCCUUACAACAACGCUGUGUUCAACACCGAUUGUGACACACCCGUAAGACGAUCUCACUCGCCCGGAACCUCCCCUCACCAACUGCCCCACCCACAACAGCAACAGCAGCAACCCACGAAACCGCAGCGAACUCAGUCGUCAAUCAGUCCGGACCGGCUGGCCAACCUGAGAAUAAAACCCAACAUGAUGAGUCAUCAAGGAGGUCCUCCGAUGCUACAAUCCCAGUUUUCGACGACAAGCAAUCACGAGACGGGCGCCUUUCCCAUGUUUGACCUCAACUCAAUGAUGCAAAGUAACAGUAACAGUUCCUCGUCUUCAAUCUCGUGGGCCACUCAGCAACAAGCUUACUCGCCGGCCAAUGAGAACAAAGGACAUCAAGCCGACUCGGGAAUUUUUUCAGACGACAACAACGAGCACUCUAUGAAUACAAUGCUAGCAACUACAUUAGAACUGUUUAAUCCUAGACAAUGAAACAAAUCAAAACAAAUUAUGAAAUGAUUGUAAAAAAAUUCAACAUUUUCGGCAAUUUUUGUAAAUGACAAUGUUUAAUGAUAAAUUAUCAGUUUUGUAGCAAGAAAAUGUGUAGCUUGGUUUUAAUGUUUUACAUUAAAUUAAAGAACCUGAAACUUU